AGUCACAGGGUGACAGAAAAAAAAAAAGUCACCACCAUAAAAGGAGGUCUGCACAGCCUCUCUUAAAACAACAUGCCACAGUUAAAACUUACUUCAGUUUGGACAACUACUGACAGCUACUACACAGAGACCCGAACAAGUCACUGAUAUACACCUUGACCACCACUGAUGGAUAUACAAAUGGCAAACAAUUCUACUAUGUCCUCUGCAACUCCUCAGGGAAAUGACUGUGACCUCUACGCACAUCACAGCACAGCCAGGAUAGUAAUGCCUCUGCAUUACAGCCUCGUCUUCGUCAUUGGGCUCGUGGGAAACUUACUAGCCUUGGUCGUCAUUGUUCAAAACAGGAAAAAAAUCAACUCUACCACCCUCUAUUCAACAAAUUUGGUGAUUUCUGAUAUACUUUUUACCACCGCUUUGCCUACACGAAUAGCCUACUAUGCAAUGGGCUUUGACUGGAGAAUCGGAGAUGCCUUGUGUAGGAUAACUGCGCUAGUGUUUUACAUCAACACAUAUGCAGGUGUGAACUUUAUGACCUGCCUGAGUAUUGACCGCUUCAUUGCUGUGGUGCACCCUCUACGCUACAACAAGAUAAAAAGGAUUGAACAUGCAAAAGGCGUGUGCAUAUUUGUCUGGAUUCUAGUAUUUGCUCAGACACUCCCACUCCUCAUCAACCCUAUGUCAAAGCAGGAGGCUGAAAGGAUUACAUGCAUGGAGUAUCCAAACUUUGAAGAAACUAAAUCUCUUCCCUGGAUUCUGCUUGGGGCAUGUUUCAUAGGAUAUGUACUUCCACUUAUAAUCAUUCUCAUCUGCUAUUCUCAGAUCUGCUGCAAACUCUUCAGAACUGCCAAACAAAACCCACUCACUGAGAAAUCUGGUGUAAACAAAAAGGCUCUCAACACAAUUAUUCUUAUUAUUGUUGUGUUUGUUCUCUGUUUCACACCUUACCAUGUUGCAAUUAUUCAACAUAUGAUUAAGAAGCUUCAUUUCUCUAAUUUCCUGGAAUGUAGCCAAAGACAUUCGUUCCAGAUUUCUCUGCACUUUACAGUAUGCCUGAUGAACUUCAACUGCUGCAUGGACCCUUUUAUCUACUUCUUUGCAUGUAAAGGGUAUAAGAGAAAGGUUAUGAGGAUGCUGAAACGGCAAGUCAGUGUAUCGAUUUCUAGUGCUGUGAAGUCAGCCCCUGAAGAAAAUUCACGUGAAAUGACAGAAACGCAGAUGAUGAUACAUUCCAAGUCUUCAAAUGGAAAGUGAAAUGGAUUGUAUUUUGGUUUAUAGUGAAGUAAACUGUAUGACAAACUUUGCAGGACUUCUCUUAUAAAGCAAAAUAAUUGUUCAGCUUCCAAUUAGUAUUCUUUCAUAUUUCUUUCAUUGGGCACUUUCCCAUCUCCAACUUGGAAGUAAGCCCAAGAGAACAACAUAAAGCAAACAACAUAAAGCACAAUAAAAAUGCAAAUAAAUAUUUCAUUUUUAUUUGUAAACGAAUACACCAAAAGGAGGCGCUCUUAAUAACUCCCAAUGUAAAAAGCUUUAAUAAAAAAUUUAAUUAUUAUUUCUUGCCAACAAAUGGCUAAAAAGGACUGAAUAGAUUAUAUAUUGCCAGAUGUUAAUACUGUAACAUACUUUUUAAAUAACAUAUUUCUUAAAUCCAAAUUUCUCUCAAUGUUAGAUUUAAUUCCCUCAAUAACACCAAUGUUUUGUUUUGUUUUGUUCUGGGUCAUAAAACUUUGUUAAGGAACUCUUUUGGAAUAAAGAGCAGGAUGCUGCAAA